GGGUGCAGCGGGAUCGUGGGGCUUCCCCUGCCCGCGGCUACUGGGUCCUGGAGGAUGGGUGGGGGGGGGCGCUCCCGGUUUCCGGGGCACCCCGCUUCCGAGGACUCCCAAUCCCCGAAACUUCCUGGCCCCUGGGGCUCGACGCUUCCAAAGACUCCGGAUCCCCGGGGCUCUCCCUGUUUCGAGGACUCCCGAUUCUCAGGGGUUCUCGCUUCCGAGGACUCCGAAUUACCGAGGCUCCCGGUUUGCCGGGACUUUGAAUCCCCGGGGCACCUCCCUUCCGAGUACACCUCCCCGAUUUCCCGGGGCUCCCUCCCUUCCAAGCACUUCCAAUCCCCGGGGCUUCUGCUGCCUGCGGGACCCCCGGCGCACCCGCCCCCCGUCUGCUCUCCUCCUGCAGCCGACAGGACGCUGAGCCGCCCCCGCUGCCGCCGCCCUUCCCGCCCCGGGCCGCCGCUGGAGCCGCCCGCCCUGUCGCUGAGCCGUGCCCGGCUGUGCCUGCCCGCGCAGCCCUGCCAGCCCUGCCUUCGGGUGCGCCUGGCCCUCCCCACCGCAGAGCUCGGCGGUGUCCGAGGACUGCAGCUCACCUUCCUGGAGCUGGGCUCCAACCGGGCUGGCUGGCUGCAGGUUUGGCAGCGACGCCGGAUGUUGGGCAGCUCCGCGUGGCAGGUGCAGUUCGACUGCUUCCCGGCAGAGAGCGGGCGGCACGUCCUCGUCUCCCUUCGCACGAUCCCAGAUCGGGGCUUGGCCCUAAGCUGCAGCCAUCUGGUUACCGCUGAGCCACCCGGGCCUGUCUUUACCCAUGCUUGGGUCCCUGAGGUGCGGGCCAUUGAGGUGUGGGUGCCCGCGGGUCCUGCCCUCAUGGUGCGGCUGUGCCACCAGCUGGCCCUGGAGUGUGAGGAGCUUCCCCGGCCCUUCCACCAGCAGGUGCUGGUGCCAGGAGGUCACCACAUCUCACUGCCGUACGAGUUCCUGGUGCCCUGCCUGUGCAUUGAGGCCUCCUACUCCCACCACGACAGCCCACGGAGAAAACACUGCCCCUUCCGUGACCGGCCAGAUGCCUAUGGUCCCGAGCUGUGGUCCUCAGUGCGCUUCCAUGACUACAGUACCAGCAGCAAGGACCAGAUGGCAAUGGUGCUGAAUGCCAGCUGCCCCCUGCACCCACGGGCCACCCUCUGCUGGAGGGAGGCAGCAGAUGAGGCUGCACCUUGUCACGACAUCCCCAAUUCCACAGCCAGUGAGGAUGAGCAGGUGUACAUACUAGACAAGGUGGACGUGCACCCCCAGCUCUGCUUCCGAUUCUCCUACAAGAACAGUAGCCAUGUGGAGUGUCCCCACCAGUCAGAGACUGCCUGGAAUGUCUCAGUGAGUGUCUGGGGGCUCCAGCUGCGCCUGCACCUUACCUCCCGCAUCCCUGCAGCCUUCAGUGCAGCCCUGUGUCAGCACCGGGGUGGGCAGUGUGAACCCGAGGCCCCACUCUACACUGUCACACAGCCAGAAGGCUCUGCUCCAGGGGAGUUGACGCUGCUGCUGCCAGUGCAGGUCCUGGGCAGCUGCGUGCUGGUGUGGCGCUCGGAUGUGCAUUUUGCUCGGAAGCAGCUGCUCUGUCCCGAUGUCUCCCACAGGCACUUCGGGCUGCUGGGGCUGGUGCUGGCGCUGGGACUGGUGGUGACUGUGCUGCUCCUCAACUGCCGUGGUGCCUGGAGGCCAGAUGAUGGUGUCCCUGGCGGGCGCCCCGUGCUGCUGCUGUACUCGCCAGACUCAGAGGAGCACCUGGGGCUGGUGUGUGCCCUGGCCGAGCGGCUGCGCGCAGGGCUGGGCUGCGAUGUGCGUCUGGACCUGUGGGAAGCGGGUGGCUUGGGUCAGGCGGGCGCCUUGCCCUGGCUCUAUGCCCAGCGGAGCCGCGUGGGUCGCCAGCGUGGCACUGUCCUCCUCCUCUGGAGCCGGGGCAGUGCCCGGCUCUUUCAUCGGUGGCAGGUCGGGAUGGCCGACGGGACGCCCGGAGAUGCCCAUGACAUUUUUGGGGCAGCCAUGGCCUGCCUGCACGGGGAGCUGGGGGCGGCGGGCCGCGGCGGCGGGUGGGUCCUGGCAUACUUCAGCCGGCUCUGCAGCCCCCGCGAUGUCCCCCGACCCCUUCGGCCCCUGCCCACCUACCGCCUGCCCCGACAGCUGCCCGGUCUUCUGGGUGCCCUGCGGGGCAGCCCCCCGGCUCCUCGCCGCUGCCGUCGGGGCAGGGCGGGGGGCCUCCUGCAUCGGCUGCUGGAGGUGGGGGCUGGAGAGGGCAGUCCCCCGCCCCGGCCUUCCGACGCAGCUUCUGGCACCUGA